AUGUGGGUAGGACAUGAGAAGGAAGGGGUAGCGCGCGCAAGGUGCUCGGCGCGCGCAAGGCGCUCGGCGCGCGCAAGGUGCUCACUGGCCCGGCCUAGCCGGGCUGAGGCGACGCGGGCGCCGGGCGGGCCGGGCCGCCGCGCAGCGUCCCCGUCCGUGCGCUGGCCCGGCCCGGCCCCUCAGCUCCACCCCCUGCCUCCCCCUCCCGCCUGCUCGCGCCUCCUGAAAAGCCAGCCCGCCCGGGGCGGCGGCGCAGAGCCGGCCCGGCGCACGAGGCAGCCAGCGCGGCCAUGACGGCGGAGAAGGCGCUGCCUCUGGGCAACGGGAAGGCUGCCGAGGAGGCGCGGGAGUCCGAGGUGCUGGGUGGCGGCGGCGGCGGCAGCAGGGGCGCGGCGUCCGCCCGCGACCCGCGCGACAAGCGCGACAAGGCAGUCCACGAGCGCGGCCACUGGAAUAACAAGGUGGAGUUCGUGCUGAGCGUGGCAGGGGAAAUCAUCGGGCUGGGCAACGUGUGGCGCUUCCCUUACCUGUGCUACAAGAACGGCGGAGGGGCAUUCCUGAUUCCCUAUGUGGUGUUUUUUAUAUGCUGUGGGAUUCCUGUUUUUUUCCUGGAAACAGCUCUGGGACAAUUUACGAGUGAAGGUGGCAUUACGUGUUGGAGGAAAGUGUGCCCUUUAUUUGAAGGCAUUGGCUAUGCAACGCAGGUGAUUGAGGCCCAUCUAAACGUGUACUACAUCAUCAUCCUGGCGUGGGCCAUUUUCUACCUGAGCAACUGCUUCACCACCGAGCUCCCCUGGGCCACCUGUGGGCACGAAUGGAACACAGAGAACUGCGUGGAGUUCCAGAAACUGAACGCAACCAACCACAGCCACGUGUCCCUACAGAAUGCCACCUCUCCCGUCAUGGAGUUUUGGGAGCGCCGGGUCCUGGCCAUCUCAGAUGGGAUCGAGCACAUCGGGAACCUUCGCUGGGAGCUGGCCUUGUGUCUGCUGGCAGGCUGGACCAUCUGUUACUUCUGCAUCUGGAAGGGGACCAAGUCCACAGGAAAAGUGGUGUACGUCACCGCGACCUUCCCCUAUGUCAUGCUGCUGAUACUCCUGAUCCGGGGGGUCACGUUGCCCGGGGCCUCCGAGGGCAUCAAGUUCUACCUGUACCCCGACCUCUCCCGGCUCUCCGACCCACAGGUCUGGGUAGAUGCUGGGACGCAGAUCUUUUUCUCCUAUGCCAUCUGCCUGGGUUGUCUGACUGCUCUGGGAAGUUAUAACGAUUAUAACAACAACUGCUACAGGGACUGCAUCAUGCUCUGUUGCCUGAACAGUGGCACCAGCUUCCUGGCCGGGUUUGCCAUCUUCUCAGUCCUGGGCUUCAUGGCAUAUGAGCAAGGGGUGCCCAUCGCCGAGGUAGCAGAGUCAGGGCCCGGCCUGGCCUUUAUCGCUUACCCCAAGGCCGUCACCAUGAUUCCCCUCUCCCCACUGUGGGCCACCUUGUUCUUCAUGAUGCUCAUCUUCCUGGGCCUGGACAGCCAGUUUGUGUGUGUGGAAAGCCUGGUGACCGCUGUGGUGGACAUGUACCCCAAGGUCUUCCGGAGGGGCUAUCGGCGGGAGCUGCUCAUCCUGGCCCUGUCGGUCACCUCCUAUUUUCUGGGCCUCGUGAUGUUAACAGAGGGUGGCAUGUACAUCUUCCAGCUCUUUGACUCCUACGCCGCCAGUGGGAUGUGCCUUCUCUUUGUGGCCAUCUUUGAAUGCAUCUGCAUCGGCUGGGUAUACGGAAGCAACCGCUUCUAUGAUAACAUCGAAGACAUGAUUGGCUACCGGCCGUUGUCACUCAUCCAAUGGUGCUGGAAAGUCGUGACCCCCGGGAUCUGUGCGGGCAUCUUCAUCUUCUUCCUGGUCAAGUACAAGCCCCUGAAGUACAACAACAUCUAUACCUACCCCACCUGGGGCUAUGGCAUUGGCUGGCUCAUGGCCCUGUCCUCCAUGCUCUGCAUCCCGCUCUGGGUCUUCAUCAAGGUGUGGAAGACGGAGGGGACGCUGCUGGAGAAAUUCCAGAAGUUGACGACCCCCAGCGCCGAUCUGAACAUGCGGGGCAAGCUUGGGGCAGGCCCACGGACGGUGAUGGUUAAUGACUGUGACGCCAAACUCCAGGGUGAUGGGACCAUUGCAGCUAUCACAGAGAAGGAGACGCACUUCUGA